AUGAAAGAUAAAGAUAAAGUUCUGGAGGCUCUGAAAAACAAGGCUGUUGAUUUGGAAUUGGACUAUUUAGUCGGGGCUGUUUCAACAAAGAGGCCAUUUACAGCUAUUGUGGGUGGUUCAAAGGUUUCGUGCAAGAUUGGAGUGAUCGAGUCACUCUUGGAGAAAUGUGAUAUAUUGCUCUUGGGUGGAGGUAUGAUCCUUACAUUCUACAAGGCUCAGGGUCUUUCAGUUGAAACCAGGACGCUUGCAGAAGUCCAUGAGGUUUUAGAAUAUGCAUCUCAAACAAAGACUUCGCUGACUAGGAUAAUGCUGGACAAUAUGGUUAUACCAUUAUCUAACGGGGAUGUUGAGGUAUCCAUGCUUAAGGAGGCCGUAGAUUUGAUCAAUGGGAGGUUUGAGACAGAGGUUGAUCCUUGUUGCAGUAGUAAAGUGACAGAAAUUACAACUACAUACCCAGCGUAA